GGGCGUAUGGGCCGUGAAGUGAAAAUCAUUUCCACAAACAAUGGCAACAGUGAAAGACGAGAAAUAUUCACCUCAGUCGCUAGAGUGCCCCAUCUGCAAGAAUAUCUUCAACGACCCAAAGAUCUUAUCAUGUCUUCACUCGUUUUGUCGCAAGUGCCUGGAGAGUUACGAUGUGAUCGGCGCGGGCACCAACUCAAUCGUUUGUCCCCUCUGUCGAAAGCUGACUGCCAUUCCGGUGGGGGGAGCCCAGAUUCUGCCCAGCAACUUUCUGCUAACAAACGCACUGGAUCACUUGUCCGUAAAAUCAAGCAAGGAGUAUACACUACACUGCACAAACUGCGAGGACGAAGCGGCGGCGACGUCUCGAUGCUUGGAUUGCGCCGAGUUUCUGUGCUCGAACUGCGUUUUGGCUCACCGACGGAUACGAGUAACCAAGGACCAUCGUAUCCUGUCGCUUGACACGCUUCAGGCCGAUAAACAGACGCUUCAUCGUCCUUCCUUCUGUACUCAGCAUGCAGACGAGAUGUUCAUGUUUUAUUGCGUGCCCUGUGACUGCUUGAUCUGCCGCGAAUGCACGAUUCUUGACCAUCGUGGACAUAAGUAUGCAGGUAAGGCCUUAAAAGCAAGAAUAGUCAAACUUUUUAGAACCGUAUAUAGCGCGUAAAGAUCAGGUGCUUAAGAUAUCGAUAUGGUUUCGAAUGUAGCCGAUAAGCGUACGAGUACCAUUGAUGAAAAAGAUCAAUAAAAAAACACUACGUAAUUCUCUGUCACGGCGAACAGGACUCCGCCAAUGAAAAAAGAUGAGACUGGUGUUUAUAUACGAGCGAUAAUUUUUCCUCUUGCUGGCCGAUACAAUAAAAUUCAAAGGCAUAAAAUUCCAACUUAAAAAGAAUGUUAUCCUUCAUCUCCGUUUGGCACUGAUUUUUUCAGCUUGCAUGGCCCUGCGCGAGUAGAAAUCCAGUGGAAAGAGACUUCAACUGAGUGAUCUGCUCUCACUAGCUGUCCAUAUAGUGAACUGUCAUUUUUUCAGCAAAAGCAUUUUUCUCUUAUUACCACACAAAAUACUAAGCUGGUUUCAAGGAGCAAAAAACACUAAGCUUGCUUUGAGACAAGGUAAUGAUAAAAGCAUUGCAAGCUAUAAAGAAUAAUGCAUUUUUGGCGGAGAAAAUUUGCAGAGACUGGGAAAAAAAUGAUGAAGCUUGUCAUGCACUUUUCUACUAUGGUUUGUUGUCAAAUGUUCACGUAAAGAGAGAAAGUUCAAGCAGUACAGAGGUGGACCAGUUAUUAACUCUAGACUCAAGAGAGAUUCAAAAAACAAGCAAACAGAAUUUCCUCUUUUUUAACCGUUCACCACUAGAUCGUAGGUUUGCCGUUCAUGUGAAAAGGAAAUCAUGUUUAACAUUUUUUACGAAGAGAUUUCAUUAUAAAAUCUAUUUAAUCACCUAAGAAAAAAAAUUAAGAUAGAUGUGCAUUUUGGCGACUUGUGCUACAUUUCAAGACUGGAAUCUGCUUUAGGGCUUGAAGGCGCGGGAUUCGAAGUGCUUUUAAGUUAAAGCAAACAUAUUGCGACAGUCCAUACAAAGAACAAAAACACAGCAGAAUAUUCGUGAACAUAACCUUAACAGGUUUUGAAAUCAAAGUGACAUGGUUAGAUAAAACGAGUACCUGUAAAUGGAGCAAGUGGCUCAAAGCUUAAAGAAAAUAGGUGAAAACAGGUGUGAGAUACUGCUUUGAACGAUCACCGACGUUCUUUGUUUUGUAUAGACUCCGCACUUCUUUGGUUAUUUUCUUGCAAACUAAAAAUUCGGUUUCAUCAUCAGAGGAGUUAUGUAGGUAACUGGUAAAUGUAAAGAAAUUGAUAACUCUGACGUUUCGAGCGAUAAUCAAGUUGUUUGAGUAAAGCUAGGGAACUCAAAAAAUUGUGGGUUGUGUGGAAUUUACCUAGUAGGGCCCCGUGAGUAGAGGAGCUUAGGGUUAGGGUCAGGAAAAUCUUUGUUGAUUGGUUAACUUAUGGCCUGCAUGGGCGUGUCACAAGUCCCCCUUUCUCCCCCGGCCCUCAACUUCGAACGUCUGCCACUUAUUCUAGGGCUCAGUUAGUCUCCUUUGCAGCCGUCGGACUGGAGUCACGCAGGCUCCCCGCCCCCACGCGUUAGGGCUCAGUCCAUACGAAUACAAACAUGAAACCAGUGUAACCGUAUCUUUUUGAACCCCUCUCUCCAGAGGAUUUUUCUUGCAGAGGAAGCCGGAUAUUUUCGAAUUUAGUUAGGUAUGUGGUUUCAGGCCGUCCGCUUCGUGUGACGGGUUUAAGCCUUUCAUCACUCAUCCUGAAAAUCUUUUUUAGGUCUAAAGGAAGCCCUAGAAGAACGAAAAGUACUCAUCGAUGACCGUCUGAAUUUCUGCAUUGAAAGAAAGAUCCCCCCGGUCCAAGAUGCCGUGCAUGAGGUCAAGGCCAUGGCCGCUAAGCUGCGCGCACGCGCAGAAGCCGUUAAAAGUGAGAUCAGUGCCACAGCGGAGGAAUGCGUCAAACGAAUCGUCAGCCGAAAGCAAGAAAUACUGGCAAGGGUAAACUACUCAAUUACAAUGGUUCUAUAAAGAGUUAUUCUCAGGUUGUUUUUUCUCGGUUUUGGAGAAUAAACAGUUAAUUAUGUUUAUUGGGUUUUCAAUUUCAAAACCACUUUUUUCUUUCUUUCCUCUCGAUGUCCGGAACCCAAUAAGGGACAUUCCAUUUGAUAUCCACACACCCCGUCCCCAAGAGGUGGGAUUUUCUGUGGGGAGCCUCGAAAGUUACUGUUGAGGGAGUUGUUUCGGCACUUUUAAUAUCUGGAUUAUUUCUGAGGGUACGGAAAAAAAAAAUCCCUUUUCUUGAAGGGCUAAAGAAAAGGGAGGAGUUUCUAAGAGGGUGGAGGAUUGUGUCGCUAUUUUUUUUCUUUUUUUUUUUUUUGGGGGGGGGGGUAAAAGUCGAGUUAACUCAUUUAUAGCGCGGCCGGGGGUGUUGAAAUUAAAUCGAAUGGACAUGAUUACGUAUGUUUUUUUUUGCUUCUUUCAGGUCGACAGCCUAGAACAAGAAAAAGAGGCCGUACUCCGCAACCAACAGGGCCAACUCGAGACUGAACUCUUUAAGUACACGAGCUCACGUGACUUUGUAGAGAACGUUCUUCUACAUGGAAACGAGGUGGAAAUUAUCCAGCUUCGCCAGCUGAUGCUUGAUCGCUUGGAAGAGCUCAACGCUAUAAAGUUGGAUUACAAAGAACCGGAAGAAAACGAUGUUGUAGAUUACAUACUCAACAUGGAAUCAGUAGAAAAAGUCGCCACAACGAUGGGCCGCGUGACAUCUAGUGUGACUUUUAGUGCUUUGUGUAACGCAAGGGGCCUCGGUAUAAAGUCUGGAAAAGUAGGAGUGGAAUCGUCCUUUGUAGUGGAAUUGAAAGAUCGCUUUGGAAAUACAUCAGUUGAAGGCGAUCACUCUUGCCCGGUGCAAGUAAAAGUACAAGCUCCUGAGGGUUUCUUCGUCGGGAAUAAAGUCACGAAUAAUGGAGAUGGAAGCAUGAGAGUGCGUUACACUCCUGUCACGCAUGGCAAGCACCUUGUUCACGUGGCAGUCCGUGGGCGAGAGAUUGAGGGAAGCCCUUUUACCGUUAACGUAUUUGAAGGAAUCGACUACCAAAAGGUUGGCCCGAUAUUCAUGAAGAUUGGUUCCCAGGGAACGAAGAGCGGCGAAUUCAAGCAACCGUGCUCCGUAAUAACAGACAAAGAGGGACAUGUAUACGUCACAGACUUUGUCAACUGCCGAGUUCAAAAAUUUGACGCGCUUGGAAAACAUCUCCUGGAUUUUGGGUCUCGCGGAAGCAAAGAUGGUCAGUUUCAGAAUCCUUGUGGUAUCUUGGUUGACGCUAAUGGCAUAAUCAUCGUCUCAGACUGGGAUAAUCAUCGCGUGCAACUGUUUAGUCCUGAGGGAAAAUUUAUUGGGAAGUUUGGAUCUAAAGGUAGGGUUCUUAGCGCCGGUUUUCUAUCUAAGGUGGUCGGGACAGGACACCAAACAACGUGUUCCCCUCGCGCGCUGUAUAGGAACUAAUAAACAACGAACUGGCGCCUGCCAAGAACUGGCUAACACUUUCAUAUUUCAGCCAACUAUUUGGCUCUCUCUCUUUUUGGGUGCAAUCAAACCUCGUUGAUACGGGCACUUAAGUGACCAACCCAAGGUUUUCACCUUACAGAGGUGUCUCAGUGUUAUAGAUAAACAAAAACUCACAACUAAUCACUGGAUUUAUCUAACAUUUUAGGAUCCGAGGACGGAAAACUGAAUCACCCUGCUGGUUUAGCUCUGAGCAAAGACGGCAACUUGCUGCUGGCCGAUAAAGACAACCACAGAAUACAACUCUUCAAGAUGGAUGGGACCCACAUCAUGUCGUAUGGUUGUCAUGGCAACGAAGACGGUCAACUCAACAGUCCGAACCACGUGACAGUGACAGACGAUAACGGUUGCCUGGUAACCGAUACUGAAAACAACCGAGUCGUAAAGUUUGACUGCAAUGGGAAAUUCGAAUUCAGUUUUGGCGGGAAAGGUAGCGAUAAUGGCCAGCUCGACCGUCCCGGGGGAAUAACUGUAGAUCCCGAGGGAUUCAUCAUAGUGAGUGAUUUUCAGAACCACCGAAUACAGAUCUUCCAGCCGAAUGGCAGAUUUUACGCCGCGUUUGGCAGCGAAGGUGACUCAGAUGGUGAAUUCAAGUUUCCGGGGGGUGUGGCACUUACAAAGGAUGGACGAGUCAUUGUUGCUGACAGGCAUAACCACAGAGUCCAGGUCUUCUAGACGGUCAAUCGGCUUUUUCCGUCAAGGUGCCCUUUGAAGAUCAGGAAGGAAAAUCGAAAAUGUCGCAAGAGAAGAGCAGCACAUUUUCGGACUGGAACUGUAGACAGGAUCAUAUAACAAAGAAAAGAGAGGCAUGUAGGUAACCAGUGGUAGAGCAUCUUAUAGUAUCCAAGGGUGCUCAGAUUUUUUUCUUCCGAGCCACCUGUGUUACUGACUUAAAUAACAUCUUUCUCAUAGUUGUUGUUGUUGUAUAAGAAAGAUAAAAAAGGGGUUUAGCAUUACGCUAUAUGGCCUUCCGGCGUAUAGGUCGCGUUCCCUGGUCGCGUUAUUUUAAGCUCUGAAGGAGAUAUUUGUUAGUUUCCUUUUCCAUUUUUUGUUUCUUUAUCUCACUUUAAUCUUUAUUUUGGCCCGACUAGCCUUUUGGUUAACUGCGGACAAGUGAAAAUUGUAAAUUAUUAUAAAAUACGUUGUUGUUGAUGUUGGUAUUAGUAGUACAGAUAAAUGUAAAGAAAAGUUUUAUUUUACCAAAUGACAAAAUAAGAUUUAUAUCUAUUCACUGUGGCAACGCAACUUUUUUCGAUUAACAAGUAUUUUUUCAACAUACCGUGACCAUGAUUCCAUCAUCAAGCAGACGAAAAUCUAAUGCACAGUUACGAUGUUAACUAAUAUUGUUGACUACCUCAUAAAUAUACAUUUAAUGGAAUCGGAAAUAGGUAGAAUAGUGUUUUUUGAAAUACGAUAAUGCAAAACCAAGAGGAAAAUUAUACAUCAAGAACGUGCAUUCCAUUGAUGCUAAAAUAUGCUGAGAAUAGUAAAUAGAAAAGUUGACAUUGAUAAAUCAGUCUCUUUAGUUUUACUGCAAUAGAUAUUGGUGCAAUAUGUAUAAAAGGAAAAACACGGUAACCCCCUAUAACAAGGCGUGGUGACGUCAUGAGUCAAACGGUAAGACGACAUCGGAAUAAAUUAAGGCGGAGAUCAGUGUUUUCUUUAUUCAGUUCUAUAUCAGUUUUUUGGAUUUUUUUUGCUCACCAAAGCCUUCUGCUGAGAAAGGCAAUUCAACCAACUGAGGAAUUUCUCAAAACACUUCUAUCCCGUUGUCUAAUUCCGCGUGAAACUGAAUCUAGCCGAAGAGCAGAGAAGUAAACACCUUCUCAAGAUCCUAACAUAGCCCGGUAUUUUAAGCAUCCGGAUAAAUAUAAUUAAAUUUUCAUCAUAUCGUGUUAAUAUGUAAAACGAAACCGAUGUAUUUCAAUGUAAAAAACAAUUAAAGAUCACAUCAUUAACGGGCUUAUAUCAUCCUUUUCACAGGAACUUUCGUGUGAUCAAAUAGUUUACAUAAUGGCGUCUCAAAACUACAAAAUUAUAUUCAUGCAUAACAACAGGCUAAGCUCCACUCCAAACUGACCGAAGACAAGGCAGUUGGUUGUCCUGAGAAUUUGGCAAAAUAUGAAACGAUCUCGGGGGAAUGGAAUUUCGAGAAAACUCGAAUAAACUUCCCCAAUUCCCUAUUCGUAUAAUCAAAGACGCAGACAGUGAGUGAUAACCAGGGCCGAGUUGUUCAAAGCUGGGUUAAGAUAACCCACGGUUUGUGCGAGAUUUGAAUUCAGAUUUGAAAGCUUAAAAAGCAUUUCAGUUUUAAUUCUUUUUGUCUACAAGUUGAUGAUUGAAAGCUCUAAAUAUAACAGAGAAAAUUAUCCGAGAAAAUGCUGUUAAACACAAGAAAAAGAAACCCGGGUUAAAUUUAACCCCGGGUUAAGCGCUAAUCGGCCUUCGAACAACUGGGCCCAGGGGUUUUGUAAUAUAUUCACCUCAAAUGAACAGAGGACACCGAGUCAAGUGAAAAAUAAUCAGGUCGUUUUAAAUUCCUGUACCUCUGCAAACGAACUUCUUCCUCUUCUUCUUCUGAAUCCAGUCUGUGUCAGUGGAACUUGCAUUCUGGAUUCCAAUUGUUAGUAGGAUUCCGGAUUCCUUGAGCUUUAUUCCGUAUUCCAAAACCCAGGAUUCCGGAUUCCACAAGCAAACAUUUCUGCAGUAUAUAUGUAAGAGUACACUUGUGACCGAGUUUUAGUGCGCCGAGCAACAAUUUAGAGUCGGUGUAGUCUUCUACUAGGUUUGUAGGGCUUUUCUCCUGUAUGUGUUCUUUUAUGUCGUUUUAGACUAUAGCUGUCAAUAAAGGCCUUGUAACACUCCUCACAUGUGAAUGGUUACUCUUAGGUGUGUGUACGCUUGUGAAGAUCCAGGCGAGCUUUCUGUUUAUAAGCCAUGGAAUAGCGGUCACACUUGAAAAGCUUUUCAAUCACAUGUGCUUUAAGAUUGUGUUUAUCCUUAGUCGAUUUUCUGGAUGCAAUGAAAGAACACUUUUCGCAACGAAAGAUGUUGCCAUGGCCAGGGUACUUUCUGGUGUGAAUAAACCGUGAACUUCUUGAUUUAAAGGUUUUUGAGCAAUGGUUGCACUUGUAACGGAGCUCCACGCGCGCGAAGCGGAGCACCAUGGGUAAGAAAAUUUGGUAAUCUACCCAUCCGAGAAAAUUGGUAAUCACGUGACCGUACACCCGACCGACCGUCCGUCCGCACCACAGGCAUACCAAUGUAAAAUAACUCAACCAACAGUAUGGCAACCCAAAUGCAACUCGAGUUUUUUUUGGCGGGAAAUCGCAUAGCCACCCGCGUCUUGUGAAGAAGAGACAAAUAAAAAGUCAAUAAAGAUGAAAACGGAAAGCGGAAAUUUUUUCUGUAUCCGUGUUGUCUAAAGUAUUUUCAAAGCUUAGAUUAAUUGUCAUGUCCACAAAUUUGGAAUAUAGGGAAAAAUAAAGUGGGCGACAGGCCAGCGAAACUCAACGAGAAAAAGAGAAAAACAAACCUGUCAAAAGUGAGGGAACACGCUGUCGCGAAGAUUAUUCUAGUUUAUUCUUCCUUGCGUUGCGUCAGUUCCGUCUCGUGUGGUCUAAACAUAUUCUCAAAGGUGCAGAGAUUUUAAAAGCUAAUACAUGUAUAUUCGCUCUGACGUAGUAACAACCAUGCCUGACCUUGCUUGACCAGGCUUGGAUUUCGAGACUUCAAUGGCUUUUACACUACAGAAAAAUUGGGUCCAGAUCAGUAAAAAAUAAAUGGCAUGGUAAGGUAACAGUAACUGUGGUAAAGACAUACUGGAGGUUUCGCAAGGCCACAGGCGCCUAUGGCCCUGUGAAAAUUCCAGUAUUUCUUUACUGUACUGCUUUUUUGACGCCUGGGGCCAGUUUCUCGAAAUUCCCGGUAACUUUUCGGCCCCGAAACAUAAAGAAUAAGAGCGCGGUUCCUGGCUUGUUUUGUUAACUGACAGUUUUAUCAUGUUAGAUGCGUGUAAACAACAACAGCUUUACGGGCCCUUUAAUUAUUGGGACUUUUGAGCAACGGGCCCCCGUCUGGGCCCGGUUUUUCUGUAGUGCCGAAACGCACCAUUAAGCCGGCUACAAAAAUGAUUGAAAUCUUAUUUUAGUCUCGUAACAGCACUUACAUAAUGAGUUGUCCGAGCAGUGACCAGUUUCUGCUAAUUAGCCUUGAUGUUGAAUAUUUGCUUAGAGCCACCCAUGCGGAAAAAUACUCUUCUUCGGCUUAGAGUAAUUAAAAGCGGGGCUCUCUCUCGCGCGAAGCGCGCUUCAGCGGAGCACCAUGGCUAAGAGAAUUUGGAAAAUUUGGUGGUGACGUCAGCGUACUCCGUCCGUCCGUACACUCUUUGGCGUGAUGGAAGGGAAUCAGGUGUCAGCCCUUCGGGGGGAGGAGCUGAUGUUAUAAAUCGUACAAUGUAUUUUUGUAACCCGCGUUUUUCUCAACGCGCAAGUAAAUUCCUGAACCGAUCACAUAUUACCCACACGAGCCACCUUACCUUUACAUCUGUCUUUCUAAUUCUGCGCCAGUCCGCAGAAGGUCCAUUUGAUUAAGUAGUGGAGCUCAUCAUGCUCAUCAAGUUUAGGUUCCUUGCAGAGGGUUUCUUGCAAGAUGUUUUUUGACGCGGACAUUAGUUAAGAGCGACGGUCAGGAAAUGUCGACCAUUGAGUGGCAAGAGUUCAAAAAUCGAUAUCCUUCAUUUUUUGUCCAUACAUAGCUUUUAGCUAGAUAAGUAAUCUGAGGUAAGUCGUUCUCGCAAAAAGAAUAUCAGUUUUCAUGAUCGGAGUCUCAAAAUGGCAGUAUUUUCAACCGGAAAUUUGCUAACAUCAACUCUCCUUGCGUUCGCAAAUAACGCCGCAAGGAGAAAUUUGGACACUUUCCAUCAAUAGAACAACUCUUCCUCUUUUACUAGAAGGUAUUUCCAAAGCAAUGUCGAGACUGGUUGAACUAACAUAAUUCAAAAACGAAGAACAGAUUUUUACGGUGACAAAAACUCUAAUUCAGUAGUUGUUUUCUACGGCAUUAUUCUUCAUGUGGUAUAGCUCCAAAUUUUCCCAGUCCUCGUUUAUUCACACAUUUAGACAUUUAUCUAAAACAUACCUGAGAAUUGGCUUGGGUUCCUGAAGGCAGCCUCCAAACGAAAGUAUCGAAGUCCGGUAAAUAUAGUCAAGCGUGGGCAAAGUAACUUAUGUGACGGCUCCAAGUUUCCUCGUUCGUAAAGUAACAAGACGAAAUAUCUUCCUGUUCUGUCAUCCUUAGCGAAUUACAUUGUUCAGUCCUUAUUUUUCGAUAAAAAGUGAGUACCAGAGUACUAGCGCGUUUGAUUUUUUUCUUCUUCAAAAUACUGUCGGUAUUGAAAAUGUUCCUCUUUCAAGGAUUGGGUUGCGUUACUACCGUGAUUCCGUGACUGUCAUUUUGACGGCUUCGUGUCUUCAAACGUAAGUUAUGGCACGUGCAGUCGCGAACAGAUUGUCACGCAGAGUUGCCGGCUGGUAGGGUUCACUGUUUGGAAAUGGCUAAAAUUGACCUAGUUUCACCUUUUUACCCCACUCUUUGAUUGAAAAAAGCAACUUUGCAAUGGGAAAACCUACAAAAAAUACGAAAAACGAGCCUUUAGGCUGUAAAUAUCUACUUUUGUGCGUUUCGAAAUUGAAAGUGUUUACACAAUUACCGCCGGCCUACCAUGAAAAUUCCUGAACUUCGAUGGUGUCUUACAGAGAUUUCCUUCAAUAAUCCAAGCCAUUUCCCAGGUAUGUUUUAAAUGAAUGUCUCAUUGUGUGAUUUAAAUGGCAUUGAGAGAAUUUGGAGUUAUACCACGUGUUAAAUAUUGCCGUCGAAAAUGAGUAAUUAUAACGAAAUUAAGUUUUUGUUAUCAUGAAAACCUAUCUCUCGUUUUUGAAUUAUUUCAGUACGACGAGCUUUGCUAAUACCCUGAAAGCAUCUUCUAGGGGAAGGAAAAGAAUUUUUCUGAUCAUGGAAAGUGUCCAAAUUUCUCCAUGCGGAUUCGUUUGCGAACGCGAGGAAAGUUGAUGUUAGCGAAUAUAUAUCAGAUUAAGAAUUAGGGCAGUCUGAGACUCCGACAUCGAAAACCGAUUCUCUAAUUUUUCUCACAGAUAAAAGGCUUCUGGCGGGAACAAUCUACAUUAGGUUUCUUAUCUACCUAAAAGCUGUCUAUGAACAAAAAAUGAAAGAAAUUUAUUUUUCAACUCUUGCCACGUUUUUUCCUGACCGUCGCUCUUAACUGAUUAUUGUGGUCAGCGGAGUGUCAAGAAGAGGACGCGCGCUAUUCCUUAGCAACGAUUGGCAACAUCAUUGGUAACAAUCAAGAAGGAAAGCGUUCGACAGAGAGCGAACGCGACCGGGAAAUUCUGCUUCUCAAAAAUACUUUUUUCUUUUACUCCCGGGCGACAGUGAGUCUCACUGGUCAUGACAUCUGAACUUCGCAACGAUCUCAACCUGACAUCCACAGGAAAAGCGCAUUAUUACCAGUCUGCUCAUGGCUUUCCACCGGACGGCUUUCGGGUGAGUUACAAUCUUUGCUGAAUCACUGUCGAGCACGAUUUAGUGUCGCACCUCAUUGCCUCUCUUUUCUGGUUGUUUGUAUUAUACAAAAAUAUCUCCAGAUACCCUACUUUACAGUUUUAAGCUCCUUGCACGUAACUUUGCAGCUGUGAUCAUAAAAAUGUACUCGAUAGUAUGUCGAUAGUCUAUCAGCGCGAUUAGCUUUUGCUAUUUCUGAAAGGGUGUGCUGUCUUUCUUUCACAAUUAUUUCCUUUUAACGACUCUACACUUUUGUAUCAAGAGCACAAUAAAGAUUGUUGUCGUUGUUGUUGUUGUUCGGUCAUGAUGUUGCUGACAUUGUACAUCGUAAUCUAUGACAUGUGCACUCAAUAAAACCGAGAGUAAUUAAGAAUAGUCGAUAAAAAUAUAUUUUUCGUGGAAAUAAAUCGAGAUUAAACUUGAUGGAAUCAGUGAUGAUUAUUGAGUUGAUUUUAUUUUGGAGCUUGAUUUUUUUCCACUUGUAUUGAAUAAGGGAAAACGUACUACUUAGAAAUACACAGACUCAUUAUACUAUUUAAAUUUGCUUUAUUUUUAGAGAACUGUUUAUGAUGUGUUGCCACCGGUGCUUGGAAAUCCAGAUUAUGUAACUGACAAAGACUACUUCCAAACAACAACUGGUACGACUCACGACUAUAAAGCUCAUGGAGGAACACUGAGUAACAUGCUGUUUAAAAAGGCCCCUGGAUCAUGGAAAGUUCAUUAUGUUGAGGACAAUAUUGGAAAGGUAUACUAUCAAACUUCCCUAAUGCAGAAACAAAAGGGACAGAUCUCAGAAUGGGCAUUCAUUAAUUCAGAGGUGGCCCUAUAGAGAUAACUUCCCUAAUAAAGAUACCAAAGGGAUGGACCCCAGUGUCCACGUUGAUAUGUUGAGGUGUCUGUAUUAAUAUAUAUCUUAAGAGGUGUCCAUAUUGUAGAGAUAUAAUAGAUAAUAGGUGCUGUGUCAUGAAAUUUAGCCAAAUUAAUUAGACACCAGGAUUAGGUACCCAACUGCCAUGAUGAAACUUAAUAAUUGCUUAAAACAUUCACAAUGGAGUUUUUGAAAAACAUUUUAGCCUAAGCGUUUUUUCAAUUAACAUGUGUCCGUUGUUUUUCAAUUCAAAAUAAUGCAUAUUUCAUAGAUGGGAUUAGCCAGUGGUAGAUUCAGAUCUCCAAGUAUAAAGUGGGGGGCUGAUCUUUGAGAUGUCCCUUAGAUUAAAAAUUGAAGAAUUGGAAGGUGUGCCUUUAUGAUUAAAUAAUUUGUUGUGCAAUUUUGCAAUAUGUUAUUAAUUAACAGCUGAGUGUCAAACCAUGGAGAAGACCUCUAACCAUGGGAAACCAGUGCAGUGAAAUGAAGUCUCAGUACACAGGAAGACCAGGAGUAAAUCUAGACACUGCUUACAAUGCAGGCAUACAACCAUUCAACUUGGCUGAUCACCACAGGGAGGGUAACAGUAAGGUAUAAAAAGAAACUCUCCUUUUUUUGUUCCUCUGUAUUGCAUCACAUAAUUUCCUGGAAAUUAUCAAGCAACAGUUAGAGUGAAUAUUAUAGUCUUGGUAUUAGUGCAAGGCCCUCAUGUUAGGGUAAAAUUCCAACAAGCGACGUGGCCUUGAAUAUCAACGUAACAGCUGAAAUACAGUUAAAACUGUGAUAAUAUGGACAUGAACGCAUGGCUUAAUUCUACUGAGAAUACGGUAUGUGAAAAAUUGGUUUUGAAAUUCAGACCACAGACAUACCAUAAAUCCUCACGCUUCGGGGAGCUUAUUUAUUUCAAGCCCAUUUGGGGCUUAAUAGAGACUGGGGGCUUCUUUGAUUUAGAAAAGACAAUCCCUAGUCAGCUGUUUUAUAAAAUUUUAUAAAAUUUCAUAAAAUUUUGUAAAUUUUUACAUGAUUUUAUGAAAUAUUUUUUACAAACUUCACACUUUUAUAAAAUUAUAUUUUAUUUGAUAAAACUUUAUAUGUUUUUAUAAAACAAAAUUCACAAUAGUUCAUGCAGUUAUAAAAUUGUAUAUACUUUUAUAAAAUUUUAGACCAAGUACAACUCUGUAUUUAUGUACAAUAAUAUAAUUGCUCAAAUGUCACGAAACUACUUGACAGUUUAAUUUUGGCACCGCUUGUUUGAAGUUUUCCCAGGUUUUGUUUGGUUAAAAUUGCACUCUGAGGUGAUUUUAAUUCUAACAAGUGACACAUUUACCAGUAAAAGUGUACUGUACAUUAAUUGCUUAAAAAAACAAAGAAUAUUCUGGUUUUAAGGAGAACUUGCAGUUUUUAGCCGUGAAUGAUAUUUAUCUUUAUAUCAAUGUCAGUGAAACAAUUCAACCACGAGUGGAUACCUUCUGUUAAUACAACCACUAAUAAUGCCAUGCACUAAUUCAAUUUCCUUAUGAAAGAGUUGACUGUAUAUAUAACAUAAAUUUAGAAAGUUCCAGUAUAUUGUGUAAAUCUUAUAAAUUAUUUGGCACAGAAGCCCUGAAUUUCUGAUGCACAGGAGUGAGUUUUUCAUGGCCUAAGAUGGGAUAUUUUCAAUAUUGGAUGAAAACCUGUGAAGAUACUUUGAAAAAUAUGUGAAAUACCCUGUCACAAGAAAACACCCUGUGAAAAAACCUGUGAAUUUUGCACAACCUAAAUUUUGAGGAAUAUUUCAAAAUUUAGGACCCUGUGAAAAAACCUGUGACUCAAAUAAGCCUGUGAAAAUUACCCUGUCAAAAAACCUAUGACAAAGUUUGAGAAAAGUGCCUAAAAACACCUCUGAAAACCCUGUGAAAAAAGCUUGGAACAAAUUUUGAGAAAAUUGCUUAAGAAAUACCUCUGGAAAACUAUAUGAAAACACCUGUGAACAAAAAUGAAAUGAAAUGACAUGAAAUGAAAAAAAUGAAAUCGAUAACGAAAAUUUACAAAGACACACUGCAAAUAAUGAAGGAAUAAAUAAUGUGCUGUACUUAUAUAAUCAUUUAAGAUGUCUGUAAAUAAAACACAUGCAUUAAGUAAAAUAAAAAGCUGGAUGAUUUGGUGCAAGACGUUAUUUUGUUUUGCUACUCAGAGUUUCAUGCUGCCCAAAGUAACGGUUACAGUCACCGGUAUGGAGAAAUAAUGUAGUAUUAUGUAGUAGGCUGUGUCAUAACAAUAAGCAGUUGGGAAAAAGGACACCAGAAAAAAAUUCGGCCUCGCAUUGGAUGGGAACCCAUAACCCUGGGAGAUCUUUUUUCUUUGGUAGUUCAUGAAUAAAUAAUCUUUUCAGUGAUGAAUAAAUGAAAGUGAUUGUUUGAAAAUCAUACAUUUGAACUGAAUAAGUAGUUGCAGAAAAGAAAACCUGCUGUCAAGUUGUGAACGUAACUGCAAUAAUCUUUUACUAAAUGGCCAGUAUGGGGAGAUGGACCGACUUGUGUGACACCAUUGUUUGGGAAUAAAACAUGUUUGGCUAUAUAAAAGACCUGUUUGAAACAGGAAACGAAAAAAAAGGGGAGGACACCAGUCCUGCUAUGAAAAAUGGUGGCCAUAAGUAGAGGUUUGACUGUAUAUCAAGUAGCAAUUCCCCUUAAGUCCUUUAUUAUUGUUUUCAUAGGAUGAGCAUGUCAAUCUGACAGGGGAAAGGGAUUUCAGACAGAUUCUUGCCCAAACUACCCCCACCCUCCCACGAAGUACACAUAAAUAAAAAAAUUAAUAUUGAUGUAUAAGUUUUAUAAUUCAGUCCCUCUAAUUCUAUCAAUAGCAAUGUCAGUGUACGUUUUGGUUUGCAGCCACCUGAACAGGUGGCCAUUAUUGGUGGUCAAAACAAUAAAUAUGUAUUUUUUCACAGAAUUUGUUUGAAAGUAGAAGAGAAGACUGGGAAAAUUGGGCUUCAAGUAGUAGUAUACUUUUUGCAAGGGAGGCCAAGUUCCCAAGAUAAAUGAUGUAUUAGUUCGUAGGUUUGAUCACUGAUAGGAUAGUUUUGGUCAAGAUGCUAAAAAAAUAGGUUUAAACCUAAAGCUAGUGAAAAUAUGGAACUCUGAAAUGUUGUUAAUAUAUGUUAAUUGUUCAUUUGAAAAGUAUUUGUCUGUUUCUGAUUGGCUAAAAUCCCCCAGAUAAUUCUCCACAACCAGCUACCAUUGAUUAGUUUAGGAAGACAUAAUACCAAUACCAGGACAGUUAAUAUCCAUAUUGUUCUGAUACUAAUCGAGGAAAAGGCCAACAGUAGGAGCACAGUAAUUCAACUGCUUGAGUGGAGAUGGUGAAAAUGGUGGAGAUUCAGUAAUUCAACUGCUUGGGUGGAGAUGGUGAAAAUGGUGGAGAUUCAGUCUUAAAUUUUAAGAAGAAAAAAUAACUACAAUAGAGCCCCAGUAACUCAAACUCUGAAGGGAAACGAAAAACAGUUUUGAGUUAGCAAGGAGUUCAAGUUAUGGGGUAAAUUUCAGUGAAAUUAACAAAGUUAAGGGAAGGGAAAUUUGGUUCAAGUUAGCAAGACAUUUGAGUUAUCUGAGGUUCUACUGUAAACUGGGCCUAACAUAAAUUAAGGAAUGAAGGGUGACAGCUGCUAUUUGAAGAAUAUCUGCUAUCGCAACUAAACAUCCACUGACAAAAAAACAUGCAACUACACGUAUUAUAUUAUGAACAUGGAGGCAGCAACUUACAUACGUUUUAAACUUGGAAAUAAUUUUGAAUGAAUAUUAUGUUAAAACAUUAUUGCCGAUUUGUCUUUAGUGAGAAUUAUGCAGCUAUCAAGGGGGCUCGAUCCGGAUUAUUCUUCGCAAAAUAGUGACUCCAAAGUGAAUGCAAAUAGAAUAUGUGAAACUCAAUAUAACUUUCACUCUUCAAGAACCAAAUAAUCAAAUAAUAACUUAAAAGAAGGAAGCUUCUUAGUCAGAGAAAAACAAAACUUAAGCCUUUUUAUAAGCUACUGUAAAAGUCCAGAUUUAUAUGCUUAUCUGUUUUUCCUAAUUCAAGUGGCUCAAUCUCCGGCCCGCUGUAAGAGUAAGUUCUUUCACUGGAUGACCCUAUCAUAAGCAGCAUAUUCAAGCAGGUCUGUCCACCCUAACUGAAGACCUGGUAAAGAAUGAUGAGAAUUUAUUAGAUUUGAAAGUGUGUUUAAUUUGUACAGGAAAAGCUCUCAGAUUUGGAAUUUAUAAAGAAGCAUUCGCUCAAGGUUCGUGCAUGCAUUAAAGCAUCAAUCAAAGAAAGCAAGGAAAGUUGUGUUGUGUAAUCAAGAUGACCGCACUGAAAUACAGCUGUAAGUACUCACCUUACAGUACUUUUUUUUCUUCCAUUCGGCAUAUUGAGCUUCUGCUUCUGUAUAACGACAGGUAAAAAUAAUCAUAAACGGUUCUACUGACUUCACUUGCCAACUCAAAGCGAUGCACGAAGCAGUUUCCUUUAAUAUUCUGACCUCAGUUUAGAUCUCAUGCUUGUCCCUCACAUAUUUUUUCAUCAAUUUAACCAGUCAAACAAAAAGAAUAUGCACGAAGAUCGACGAUCUAGCUCGAUCGGAACGUCCAGAAACCAAGAUGGCCGCACUCGGAAGGGACGGUGAAAGACUGGAUCCUAGAACCCGUGCUUUGACGGUUUUGGCGCGAAUUUCUGAACGCGGCUGCCAAACUCUCUCUUCAUUCGUUCAAUCACAACUAAGAUAAAGUUGUAUUAGCUAAACAGCGAACAAGAACAAGAGAUAUUUUUCCCCCCACAUCGAUUUGUAAUUCUUUCUUCUAUGGAGUUUUCAUUUUUAAAAUAAUCAAAGACUGGCCGAAAAGGUAAGUGCUUUCCUUUCCUAUAAUUUGGAUGAAUGGGGUUCUCUUUUUUUAUAACAUUUUUUGACCCUUCUUACGAGGUUUAGACAGUGGUUUAGAAAGGAACUAGAAUUUAAGCUUAUUCCCCCGAUCUGCUUCUUCUUAUUUUUCUACUAUAAACUGGUUGUACGCUCAUUUGAAAUUGAGCUGUUAAAUUGUUUUAGACAACAACUAUGCAGCAAAGUUCUUGUAAUGAACACUUCAGUUUAUGCUCGAUAAUCAUUUUUUAUUAAUACUGUCCUACAUGUUCUGGAUUCCAUGCGGUUGAUUCUGGAUUUCAGCCCUUGAGCUGUAUUUUUUGGAUUCUAAGGCCAAGGAUUCGGGAUUCCCUUACAUGGGGCGAGUUUUUAAUAACCCAGUGAUUUCACUGUUUUGGAUGCAUACAGCCCUCAUGGUUUUGAAAGUUAAUCCUUAAACACCUUUCCAUCUAAUAGUUACAGUAUUUCUUACAGCUGAGAACUUUUCUUUUCUUUUUUAGCUUGUAACAAGCACCUUUCAUCUGUGCUCUGUAUCAGAUUUUUAUUUCACAUUGUUGCAAAACUAAAUUAAACUACUUUUUUUGUCACCUACCUGACUAUGAAAACUCAUCAACUAAUGAAGUUAAAUACGUUUUAUGAACAGUAAUAAAGACUUCUGUAAAAAUGCCUGUGCCUUGAUGGCCAAGCUGAAUCAAGCACUCAAUAUAUAGCAUUCAUAUCAUGCCAGUUCAUCUGACAAAAAGAUUGUGGUUAUUUGAAGACUACUGAAUGUGAGUAUCUCUACAUUUUUUUAAGUUAAGAAGACCAUCAUCAAUCAGGAUCCAAUUUAUUUUGUCUAGUUUUAUAUGAGAUAUUAGCUAAAAAAGUAAUUAGACAUAUUUAUGCUGUAUUAGCUAACAAAAUAAUAAGAUGUAUUUACCUGUGUUCCUGUUUCUUUACGAGUAAGUUUGGAAGGGAUUUGAAUCGGAUCAGAAAUGGCAAACAUUGCUAGCAAGAUGAAUUGCCAGUAUCAAAUGGUUGUUUGCCUUCAUAAAUAGGAUGCAAUGUCAGUUACAUAUCAAGUUCCCAAUAUUGUUAACUGUUAACUCUCCUUGGUAAAAAGGAGAAGAGAGAAAAGAGACAAUUAUUAAGGGGAUUAAAUAAGGGCAAUUUUAUUUUGAGGCAUAUAAUUCCUUUGUUACUAGACAAAAUCGGCUAGUAUCCCACACCUCUAUUGAUUAUUUAAAGGUUCAAUUAUACGGUGUUGUUUUGAUGCCCAUUUUUUGCUUAGAAUUGUGUUGUUUUUAGAGGCUACUUUUCAUCCAGUCUGUGACUACACUUGACUUGGCCAGAAGUAAGUUGUCGUAUUAAACAUGUGCUUUGUCAGGAUGGUUCUAUGUUCUCAUGACAGUCACUUUUGUUUGGAUUUAACACCUUUAGAUGUGUUGGAAGUAGAAGAACAGACCAUACCACGUGGAAUGCAUGAGAUACAUUUUACCACUUAUGUUGUGUUGCCCUGUAGUAAAUUUUAAUGUUUUAGACCAAUUUUUCACUGAUGAAAAAGGAAAAAUGUCCAAUAAUACUGUGACAAGGAUCGCUUGGUAAAAAUCUCUUGGUAAAAAUAUGCAAUGAUUCUGAUAAUAAUUUCCGUUCUCUUAUAUCUGGACACUGCAUUUGAGGAAAAUAUCCGAAAAAAUAUAAUUCCACUUCCAAGUGAUUUUAAAACAACAUUGCAAUUACCAUGCAUGAAAAGGAGAUUAAUUCAAGUCAAGACUGCCUGAGAUUGCAGUCAAAGGCUGCCGGUUCCAGUUUCCAUGCGCAUUUCCAUGAAUAGGACUGGUCAAGUCAACUGGAGUCACAUAUCGUACAAGCACCACUACAGUCGAGUUUCAUCUCUUGUCUCUUUUCUCUUCUCGUGGCUGUUAAAUUGAAACCCCUUAGCCAAGCAGACGUUUAAUAUUGGCAAUGUUAACCAUCUCCUGAUCUGAUUCAAAUUCCUUCUAAUUUAAAACACACAGGAUCACUGUUAGCUAAAUACAUACUAUUUUAUUAGGUAAUACAGCUUAAAUGCAUGCGUUGAGGUUCUAUUUGACUUGGGAACAGAAAUCAGACUUCAACAUUGUAUUUUUUCUGGGGGGCGGGAGGGGGGGAGGAGGCAACAUACAGCUACCAGGUAAACUCCUCCCAUUUCAGAGUUUUUUCCACAGGUUCUGACCAUGAAAAAAGGCCUGUUCACAGGUUUUGAGAUUUUCCACCCCGUGAAAAACACUGUGAAAGUUUAGAGGUUUUUCACACCGGGUCUUUCGCAGGUAUUUUCACAGGUUAAAAACUCACAGGGUUUUUCACAGGGCUUUGCAUAGGUUCUGACCCUGUGAAAAAUGGCCUGUUCACCGAGUCUCAAUGGUUUCACACCCUGUGAAAAAGGUGUGAAAACCAUGUGAGAAAACAUGUGGAAUUGAACAGUUCACAUGUUUUUUCACAGUUUUAUUCACAGGUCUUUCAUAGCAUUUUCACAUGUUUUUAUCCAAUAGUGAUAUAAAAAAUUGUUAUAAGGUGUAAAUAAGCCAUUUUUUCCCUCUUGCCAUUGAAUCAGUUAGAAAAUUCUGAGUGUCUUUAAAGUUAAAUGUUUUGCAAUGAAACUAAUGUUAAUUUUUUUAUGAAUUGUGAGCGACUUGAACUGACCGAAUGAUGUUAACUUAAAUUGCUUAGUGUUGUAUAUUAAUAACCAAAGUAUUUUGGAAGAAAAAUGGAAAUAAACGUCAGUCGGUCUGUUCCUGUCAAUACUACUGUGACAAUGUCACAUUUGCACACUUCUGAAAAAUUAAACUGCAGCAUCAUUGGGCGAUUCCAGAAAAUAUCCAUACCAUACCACGGACGGCUUUUAGGAUUUCCGAAGGGGAGGGGGGGUUCACGAUUAUGGAAUUCUGAGGGCAUGGGGGGUAUUUACGAUUGGAAGUCCGAAGGCAUGGGGUAACUCCACAGGUGGGAUUUCUGGAGUAGAAAGUGUAGAGUGAGUUCCUUGAAAACGCUAUUGUUGUGGACUUUUGUAGUUCGUAAAUAAACCACGAACGUAUGACCGCGGAAGCAGAAGACAAGCAUCGAUAGAUCAGACACGUGUUUACGCUCAUAACUUAUAGAAGUGAACAGUAAAAUGUGGGUUUCACAUUAACCUUGAUGAAUUUCUUGUCACAUGAAAAAAAAAUGGAAUAUGUAUCUUACUGCUUGCAAGUUUCUUGUUACUCCCAUCCGAUGAACAGUGAAAAAACUCGCACCAGUCCCUGGCUUCCAAGGACGCCUGUCAGAUUAGAACACUUUUCGUGCACACUACAUGACGUAUAAAAGGACGUAACACGCCUCGACGGUAUAUUUGACCACCGAAAGAUUUUAACAGUCUGAAUUUGAGCUAUUUUGCUUUGUAAACGUCAAAACAGCACAAGAAAACAAAGAGGAGUAAAAUUGCCGUUAGUGGUGUUUAUUUUUAUUGCCAAAUUCGGACCUAAAAAGGAGUUUGCACAGCCUGUCUACUAGCGGUAGGUUAGAGUCUGAAAGCUUGUCGCCUGGCGCCGCUAGAUCACAGCCUUGAGGAGGCAUAAAUUCAUGUUCGUUUGUUCAUAUAGGCGUUGCUAAGUUGAAAAUGUACGUCCAAAAAAACGGAAAUUCUGAAGGGGAGGGGGGGUUCACGAUUAUGGAAUUCUGAGGGCAUGGGGGGGGUAACGCAUUUUGGAAUUUCCGAAGGCACGGCGGGGAUAAAACAUGGAAGCCGUCCGUGGUUGGGUAUGGAUAUUUUCUGGAAUUGCCCAUUUGAAACUGCUCUGUCUCAAAGCAAGGUUUUAUAUUUUUUUAUAUUAUUUUAUAAAAGAAAAUUUAGCAACAACAAUUUUUGUCUUUUCAUAAAAUUUUACAAUUUUCAUAUAAUUUUGAUACCUUUUAUAAAAUUUUAUACAAUUUUACAUGGGAAAACGUUAUAAAAAUGUAUAAAAUUUUAUAAAAAUUGCAAUACAGAAUUGCCAUUCGGUUUUAUAAAAUUUUACAAAACUUUUUAUCAAAAUUUUAUAAAAUUUUAUAAAACAGCUGACUAGGGAUGGUAUUUGUUCUCCAUAAAGAACUAGUAUACAAAUGGAAAAGCUUAAGUACAAAAAGGUUGGAGGUCGUUCAGCCAAGGAUCAGAGUCAAAUCCGAACUUCCAGUUGGUAAAUAAACCAUCCUGGAUCAGUCCACACAAAUUUUUGAAAUCGUGAUUGAUUGAUACAGUCUAUCAUUUAUGAGUGAAGAAUCUUUAGACGGCCGCGGGAAGGGAGGCUUAAUAGCAAGGGGGUAUUAUUAACUUUCUUCCCCAGAAAAGGGAGGGAGGACUUUUUAGAGGGAGGUGGCUUAUUUCAGAGGGAGUGCUUAUAAUAGAGGAUUUAUGGUAUGCACUAAUUCCCCUCUCCUCUCCUAGUGUGUGGUCACCAUACUAGAAAUUUUUUCUUACGGUGACAUUGCCAUAUAUUAUUUACAGGACCUUGUACCAUCAACAAUCAACAGAGGUAUUGCAGGUCAAAAGUUUUAUCCCAGGGAUAGAGGGGUGUUGACCUACCACAUGGACCCUUAUUUGACCACAACACAAAAGGACCACCGAGCAUUCACCAAGUAAGUUACAGUACUGUAUCUGAUUCCAUGAGGCUUGUGUAGUGGGAAAUCACCCUGAAAUAGCAUUAACCUGGCAUUGGAAAAAUGUUUAAUUAAAGGUAAAAAUCAUUACUUGUUUAAUUAACACUUGAAUUGAAUUAUUUUAAGAAUUAUGUGAUUUCCUCAAAUAAGUGUGAGAUUGCACCAUCUGCCCUUCCUUAGUAGGAAAUAUCAGUAUUUGAUUUUCAACACCUGCAGAAAUUAUUGCCAAUGAGCAAGCCGAGCGAAGACAGUCGACUUGCGAGGCGGCCAGCUUAAAAUUCUCGAUCGUGCUGUGAAAAGUCUAUAGUGUUAUAUUUCAUGUGUAGUUUCACGUGGCUUUUGAUGACCUUUGUUGUAAACAAACCUUCAAAGUUCGGACAUAGUUCUCUGCCACAAUACUGUACUUGCAAUUGUACGAACUACAACUCGCUAUUUCAAGUUCGCGCUAACCUAUAAAUGUUAUUUCCCUUUUGCUGUUUGAAACUCAACAAGUUUAAGGUUCAAAAAUGUCUAAGCAGAAGAAUAAGAGCGAUUUUAAGGCCAAGAGCGUGGCAGAAAUGUAGGAACGAGGAGUGCUUGUAGUGGAAAUUCUCGCCUCAGCAGCUGAAAUGGUUUUAUAAUUGGAACUAAAACCGGUGACGUAGGCAAACUCUUUUUCUUUCGUUGGCACUUAGCGAAAGCUACAACUAGUAAUAAUGUACACUUCUGGACCAUUGUUAUGAAAUUGCAGUGAAUAUGCACAGCUUUAUGUUGUAAUUUAAUUACAUUUAAAGCUUGUGCAUAUCCUACAGCUAUUUCAAUGACUACAUAACAUUACCUUAAAAAUCUGAGCCAGUUAGACUGAACUGCAGUAGGCAGACCUCAAGGCAGUAUUAAAUUUCAUAAAACUUUUCUCAACACAGAGAUGAAGCAAUUUUUUUGGUAACAAAUUACUGGCAACGUAAAUUAGUAAUAUCAGGUUUUCAAAGAAAUAACAGCUUAAAUCUCAUAUGAUGCUAUAUCUUGUCUCGUAAAAUUGCACCAUUGCGUAAAUAUAUCAAAGCCCUUUGCUUAAGUUGGAUUAGUAUCGUCUUUUGAUUUUCCACAUAAACAUGCACGUAACUUUUUUGGACCAAUUUGUUUUGAAUUUGCUGUGAAUAUGCACAGCUGUAUUGGAGUAAUUUAAAUUUAACUUCCUGGCAUGUGUAUAUUUGCAGCCGUAAUUUCAAUAAAUAAAUUACAUAAAGUUACAUAUUAAAGCUGACCCAAUUAGACUGAACUGUGGUAUGCAUGUAAUUUCAUAAAAAUUUACUCAACACAGACAUGAAGCAAUUUAUUCUUCUGUAAAAAUCACAAAGUUAAACUUUUUGUGCCAUGUGGUACUGGUAACGUAAAGCAAUAUCAGGUUUACAAAGAAAUAACAGCUACCCACUCAGCCGUGCUGUCUUGUCAUGUUGUGUCACCCAUUAUAAAAUAUCCAAAAACAAUUCUAGCCUGUGUAGAUGGGGGAAUUGUUUUUGCCUGUGUUAGAGUUUUGGAGACGAAGCCACCAUUUUCGUGACUAUUCUAGUUUAGGUGAGAAAUUCCAAAGUUCCACCCAAUGCGCAGUCACCACUUCGUAGCUCCUCUGGCAAAACUUUGCACAUGCUAACAAUCCCAAUGGCUAUGCUGGCUACUUUGAUUCAAACAGCUGUCAUGUCAGUGGCGGAUCUAGGGGAGGGGCCAAAUAUUUUUAGACCAAACUGAGGCCCGGAGGGCCAAAAAAGUUUUUUUUGAGGCAUCCCCUUAUCUCAGGGCCUGGAUGACAACUCCCCCUCCCCCCUAUCUGAAUGUCUGGAUCUGCCACUGCAUGUAGUACAUCUUUGUAUAUGCCACCCCUUGGAACUUCCAUUUGUGAUGGAGAAUAGACUGGACGAUGACACACCCCUAAAAUUUGACAUUCUUUGGCAGCUGGGGUAGAGUGGAGUGUGGAGGCGGGGGGCAGGGGCAUAGUUACUCUAAAACACUUGAAAGGGAAAUAUGCCAUUAAUGCAAGAUGUGUAAGAUUUGUGUUUGCUUUUCAUCAGCUGAGCACAAUUAUUGUAUGCUAAUUAACCAACUAUCUCAAGAAGAUGAUGAAUUUCUCUCCUGCUGAAAUAUUAACAAAGUACUGACAGUUGAACCUCCAUUAUUCAAGCGGCCACCUAUUAAGCGGCCCCCCUCUAUUAAGCGGCCAGUAAUCAACGUCCCGAAAAUUAGGGAGCUUAAGUAACGGCGAUGGCAACGAGAACGGUAAAAAGCAGUGGGUUUAGAUUGGCAAAACAACAACUUUGCACGUGCAUCACGCUUUUUUGUACAUUUCUUUGCCGUCACUGUACGACUACUACAUGAAACUGCCUAAUUUCACGUUUCAACGACUUUCUUUUUCUUUUCCUGAACUUUGAUACAGUCUUUUGGGAUUCAACUCCAGAAAAAUUUGCCAACAUUUGACGAAUUGAACGAGUUGGAAUAACCGCGAUAAAGUUUGAUCGGAGCGCGAAUUCACUUUUUACGUGACGUUUUCGUAGCCGUCGCCGCCGUUGUUGCUUACGCUCCCUAUUUAAAGAAAGGAGUGGUAACUCUACUAAUCGGCCACCUCUUAGCCUCCCACGCAGACGUUUUUAGAGGAUCGUCACGCGUUCCUGCCCCACUAACUUUUAGUGGGGCAGGAACGCGUGACGAACCCCUAAGAACGUCUGCGUGGGAGGCUAGCCACCCCUAUCCUCAAGUAGCCUGCGUAGCAGGCGCUUGGAAGUAGUGGGCGAAAGAGAGAACGGACGCGCGCGAGGGACUUCUCUCGCGCGCAUUUUUUCUUGUGCCCACUACUUCCAAGCGCCUGCUACGCAGGCUAAUCCUCAAGCGGCCUCGGGCUUCCGCCACACCUUUUGGUCGUCCCAGCGAGAGUUUUUCUAUUAUUUUUACCUCUAUUAAUGGGCCAUCAAGCGACUGAUACUCUUAAUUUAGCUUUAGCUUAUUAUCAAGGAAAAUAGAGUCCGUGAUAGUAGGUGAAGACUGAUUUUGGACCAGUAAUGCUGCUCCUGUCGCGUGUUUGUUUCAUUGAUGAAAAUAAAUUGAUGUUUCUGCUAAGGAUUAUGAUGCUAAUUUCAGUCUGACGAACCUCCAUAUAGCGGCCAACCUCCAUAUAUAAAGCAGCCACUUGCCGGUACCCCCAGGGUGGCCGCUUAAUGAAGGCUCAACUCUAUUUUAUUAGACCCUCAAAUGUUUGUUUCCAUUUUUAAACAGGCACGAAUUAGGACGUUAUCCUUCAAAGGAUUAUGCGACUUACUGGGAGUGCGAAGAGUACACAAAAGCGUGGGGCCAUGGCUCCAAGGAGAACCCACUACCCCCAAAUUCUGUUCCUCGAGAAAAAGGACCCAUGAGGGACCGUAUCUGGUUUAGAGAACCCACUACCAUUCCUAGGUUACCUAAGUCACUCAGUCCUGUACCUAAUAAGUAAGUGUACACAUUGUACGUUGUGUAAUAAUGCUAUGGUUGCACCAUUUUGAUGAAGGGUGUUCUUUGGUAUUACAGCAAGUCCUAAGGUUUUAUACUCUCUUUAGACUUACCAACUUAAAAAUACGUUUCUGUCUUUUUUGUAUACAUCAGAGUUGCUUGUUGUCUCUGUUCUUCAUUUCAUGGGCAAAAGUUAUUUCCAGUUUAGUUUGCCAAGAUUUGCUGCCCACCACUGUAAUUUUUCUACGUGUGGUUUACAUCAGUUUGUCCACACCAACCCCUGUUUUUCCAACCCGCGGUAAAGGGUUCUUGUUUGAGAGUCGUUUUUGCUUUUAACGUUUUCGAUUAUUUCCCACUUUGACCAACGCGGGGUAUACGCCACUUGCACAUCUUCCAUAAUGCACCUUAUUUGCUUCCCAAAAUUUUGCACAACCUUUGUUUUUUCAUUUCUCCUGGGUAUUACAGCCGUCCUAAGAAAAAUUGAAAACAAUGCUUAUGCAAAAGUUUUUGGUGCAAAUAAGGUGCAUUAUAGGAAAUGUGCAAGUAGCUUAUCGGCAACUGUGAUUUUAGAUUCGGAAUCAGGCGCUUAUAGCAAAGAGAAGAGAGGAAGAGGGUGACUCCUGUUACCCCCGUUGUAGGCUACAUCGCAGUUUCAGCGUAUCUUGGUCUUCACGCUAAAACGUAUCAGACCUGUAAAUAUUCUGCCACAUCGCCGUUUUUAGUGUCGUCACGCAACGCUCCUUCUUUUUUAUAUAUAUUUAUCCAUUGAAAGGCGUUUUCGAAGAGAUUUUGAUCUGAAAGUUAGGUGUAAGUUUUGUCACUUGUGUAAGUGGGGCCUCUAUAAGAGUGUUUUCUGCACAUUUAUAAACAAAAACUGGAGAUUGCAUGAAAGUUUCCUUGUUACAUAGAGUUACAAUAAACGAAAAUGAGUGACGUAAGUGGAGCGGUACGAAAGAACGAAAAAUGAAGGACGGAGACAACUAUAUAAUUGCUCUACCACUGACCGCAUUACUGCCAGCAGUCGCUGCGUUUAACAAGAAGUUACUCGACCUCGCGCUCGCCAUGACUAUUGUCUCUUGUUGUUUUUUGUUCUUUCCGGGAACUAUAAAGGAUUGGAACCUAAUCCCUUCUACGAUUAGAACAGGAAGUCAUUCAGUCUUUCUUAAUUACCUUAACUAUAAUUUUAAAGUUUUUCGCAACAUUUUUCUUUUUUCUAUUUUUGUUCUUAUUUAUCUCUUUUCGAUGCAAAAGCGUUAAAGAGUAUGCCUAGAAGUAGAAAGUGUGGCUCCAGUUGGGCCUUAUUAGCUAUCAUACGUGGACAAAAGAACAAACUCUUCCCCUCUUUUCUUUUGAAGAAAAUGCAAGGGAGAGCUUUAAUCACUGCUGAAUUCUCAGUUUGAUCAUAAAUGCCAGCCCUAACACACAUUGUUUUCGUUUUAGGGGAAUGAAAACGCUGAUGACCGAGUCGUACACGAUGCCACUCGAAAGAAAACGAUGGGAAUUGUUUAGCUUGAACGUACCGAAACCAUGGCAUGCUCCUCUUGAAAGUAAGAGCCUUUCAUUAUGAACUGCGGCCUAUUUGGCAUAAAAUUUCAAUGCGCGAGCGAAAGGAGACACACGCGCGUCCGCUGAGUCUCCUCGCGAGAGGCGAUCUCCACGGGCACACAUUUGCGAGAAAAGCUCCCUUUGCCCACCUCGCAUAGUAAUUUUCUUCACUCUUUUCUCAGUCUCUCAGACAAACGUAAACGAGUUAUAUUGAGUUGUGUUUCUAAAUAAACAUAGUCUCGACUUCAAGAUGCAUCGCCGUGUUCGCGCACCUUUAAAUCCCGAUUUACGUAGGCUAACAUGUUUAAAAUCAGUAUAAAGGACACCUGUUUCUGUACUUGAUAAGCAACUGAAUUUUUUUCCCCUUUUUUGCUCUCUUUGUGUAGGUCCCGGUCCAGGAGAGACAUUCCGAGUACCCCGGAUGUACAACACCGAAUACCAGUUCUACGGCAGCGAAAAGCCUGUCACAGUUUGACUGAACAUAAAGGCUAGUAGAAACGCGCGAUAUUGUUGUCUUUUUACGUGUACAUCUUACGAUGUCGAAAGGGAACAUCAGUACCUUUUUUUCGUUUUAAAAAAAUCUAUCCGAAUAUAAUUUUUUUCUGGCUGGUGGACAGAAAGUUGUGACGAGGAUGGUUGGUGUUGGG